CUGAAAGCAGUAGUUUUAUAAAUUUAAAACAUAACUAAUUAUAGUUCAUUGCUGGUUUCAGUUGUUCCUCAAUCUGGUGUGUUCUGUUCCGAAAAUAAUGUUCUGUAUCUACCAAAUGCUCUGGUUUGGAAAAUAUGUCCAGGUCCCGAUCUGGUUUAUGCCAUUCAUGGCGACAGAGGUGAUCCAACUGGGCAUGUUGCCGUGUCUGCCGGGCGUCAUCACUGAAAUGAUCGCAAACGAAAUAGAAAAAAUCAAGAUUUAUCUAACCAACUACUUAUACGACGAUAAUAAGGGAAUCAAUGACCGCGGCUCGGCGGAGGGGUUCCUACGCUACCUGCAGCUGCGCCCGCUCCGCUGCAGCGUGUGGCGGCUGCUGCCCGUGGACCUGACGCUGCCCGUGAGCCUGCUGAGUCUCUGCACCACCUACCUCAUCGUGCUCAUACAGUUCUCCGACUUGUAUUGACAAGGAGACGACGAAACGUUCUCACGAAUGCGCAUUCGUCAGAACGUUUGAGAAGAUUUUUUCCCCUAGACUAGUACAAUAUAGUUUCUGAGAUACAUAAUA